GGGGGGGCAGAGCUGCAAUUUUUGCCCUCCUGCAAUUUCCGACGAGGAUCCUCUGGUUUUUCCUCCUCUUCUAAAAAGAGAAGAAAAUAUAUAGAUAUAUAAUACAAAUAUUCCAAGCCCUCCGAUCCGAGCCUCCCUGGAUGUGUUUUUUUGUUAGAGGGGGCAGGAGAAAAAAAAUAUGUCGGUCUGUUUUGUAGAAACUGAUCAAGACUCGGUGGCGUUGAAAGCUUUGCAGAAGUUUUCCAAGAUGUCCAGUGACAGGCAGAGGUCAGAUGACGAAAGUCCAAGUACUAGCAGUGGGAGUUCAGAUGCAGAUCAGAGGGACCCACCGGCUCCUGAACCCGAGGAGCAAGAAGAGAGGAAGCCUUCUUCCACCCAGCAGAAGAAAAACGCCAAACUCUCCAGCAAAACGACCGCCAAGCUCUCCACUAGUGCUAAAAGGAUUCAAAAGGAGCUGGCUGAAAUAACCCUGGACCCACCUCCCAACUGCAGUGCUGGGCCUAAAGGCGAUAACAUUUACGAGUGGAGAUCUACUAUCCUCGGUCCCCCGGGUUCUGUGUAUGAAGGUGGUGUCUUCUUUCUGGAUAUCACGUUUUCAUCCGAUUAUCCAUUUAAACCACCAAAGGUUACGUUUCGCACUAGGAUCUAUCACUGCAACAUCAACAGUCAAGGAGUCAUCUGUCUGGAUAUUCUGAAAGACAACUGGAGCCCUGCUUUAACUAUUUCAAAGGUCUUGCUGUCUAUUUGUUCUCUCUUGACAGACUGCAAUCCUGCUGAUCCUCUGGUAGGAAGCAUAGCUACUCAGUACCUGACCAACAGAGCCGAGCAUGACAGGAUAGCCAGGCAGUGGACCAAGAGAUACGCAACAUAAGCCACAUCCUGACUGCUUGGUGUGCGGCGCCAAGGUGCACGGAGGCAGCCCCUGCAGUGUGUGCAACCGAUCUUUAUAGCCUUUACAAUACGGACUUCUGUGUAUAUGUUAUACUGAUUCUACUCUCUGCUUUUAUCCUUUCGAAGACGGGGAUAUCGCUUUCCCUCGACCCUUAACCCCUCCCCUCCCCAACCACGAUGAAAAAAAGAAAGAAAGAAAACAGAAAGGAAAAGGUAAACGCUAUCCAGAGUAGAACUUUGUAGCUGUAGAUUAGUUAUGUUUAAAACGCCUACUUGCAAGUCUUGCUUCUUUGGGAUAUCAAAAUGUAUUUUGUGAUGUAACUAAGGAUACCGUUCCUGAAGUCAACCAAAUAUUAUAGUGCAUUUUAGCCUAAUUCAUUAUCUGUAUGAAGUUAUUAAAGGUAGCUGUAGAUUACUAGGAAAUUACGUCAUUUGUAUUAAGCCCAGAUCUAUUUCCGAUAUGUGGUACAUGCUGUUGUGAAAACUGUUUUGAACUUCUACCUUCGUCGGUUUGUAAUGAAAGGGUUCGCCCUCCCCUCUUUUUCCCCCUCUUUUCCUUUCAUCCCCUUCCCCCUCCCAUCGCCACCACCUUGUAGCUCAGAAGAGAGCAUCCACUGGAUCAUCUCAAACACAAAUAAACAUGCUCCCCCCCCCAAGGAAUAGUUUCUUUGUUUUCGUAUUUGAAGCUAAAAAUCUAAAGAUACUGCAGCAGGUUAGAAUGUAGGGCUGUUUAGAGAAAGAUGCCCAUCCUGCCCCCCCCCCCCAGAAGCAGAAAGCCAGCAUGAGUCAAAAAGGAAAAACCUGAGAAUGAGGUCUAUUGCUCUUGUCUAGACUUGUAGUUUCCCUCUGACUGCUGCUCCUGAGGGACAAACUUCAUGCUGAACCUUCUGCUAUUCUAAUUCUCUGCAUAUUAAGUCUUAAGCACCAGCAAUAUCUUAGGCCUGGGAGAAUGGAUAGAUCCCAUCAGCAUCCCACAACCACCUGGAGCCAUCAUAAGUCACUCCCCCACCCCACCCCCGAGGAUCUUCCGUUUAUUUAUUUUGUAUUGUUCUUUUUUUUACUUGCCAGUAGCCAUGAAAGGUAAAUGCAUCAAAAAUCAGAGAUGCAAGUAUUUGAAAUAAAUGAAUGCUAAGCAGCAAGAGGGGCAAAGUGGGGUGGGGUCAGAAUUAUGGCAUGUUAAAAGGUGGAAUAGGACCCAGGUGGCGCUGUGGGUUAAACCACUGAGCCUAGGGCUUGCUGAUCAGAAGGUCAGCGGUUCGAAUCCCUGCGACGGGGUGAGCUCCCGUUGCUUGGUCCCAGCUCCUGCCAACCUAGCAGUUCGAAAGCACGUCAAAAUGCAAGUAGAUAAAUAGGAACCGCUACAGCGGGAAGGUAAACGGCGUUUCCAUGUGCUGCUCUGGUUUGCCAGAAGCGGCUUUGUCUUGCUGGCCACAUGACCAGGAAGCUGUACGCCGGCUCCCUCGGACAAUAAUGCGAGAUGAGCGCGCAACCCCAGAGUCGGUCACAACUGGACCUAAUGGUCAGGGGUCCCUUUACCUUUUUAAAAGGUGGAAUAACCCUUUCCUCUCCUGCCACAGUCCUGGUGAAAAUCCGUAUGCACAAACACAAAAACACACACACACACACACACACACACACACACACACACACACACACCCCUCUCUAAGCUGCUAUCAGCCCCAGGAUAGAAGCUCCCCACAGACUUAGAGCUUUGACAGCGCCAUUGCUGGGACCACGGCAAGGGAGGGAAAGGUUAAAUCACCUCUCUCCAUGGUCCUGAUUGAAAUCCUCCCCCUCCCAUUGUGCCUGCUUUCACCAUUUUAAUAACAUGCAUGCGAGUGCAAAUCACACGCCUACUGUUUUGGUUUGGCCCUCCAUUGUAUUUAAAGGACGGACAGACCUGCUGAGGAGCAAUGGAUGCUUGAUAUAUGGCGAUGCCCGUGCAAAUGGGUUUGCUGCGGUGGAUGGAUGCAGACCACUCCUGUGUGCUCACGUAAGCACCUGGUAUUGCCUGGGCAAAUGUCUAGGAGACUCUUAGCCACAGUUCUUCCCCGGAUCAGAAGUUAGAAAGCCAUACGAUUCUUCUCUCCCCUUGGUCAAACAAAUAUGUGCAACAGGUUUAUCAAGCGGCCACAUGCAUUCCAUAUUUUAUGAAUGGGUUAUAUUGGUAAAUGAUCAUCUGCAGUCAUCCUUUAUUGAUAGGGCCAAUGGCGGGGUACAAAUGUUGGUUGGGGGAGGGCAGUUGUGUGCCUUGCUUCUUCAUAGCAAAUCCUCGAGCAUGUGGUUUCCUUGUGGUUUUGUUUUGUUUUUUACAGUUCGUUCUUUCCCUCCCCUCCCUCUUAAUUUACCAUAAACGAGCUAGCUUUUGCAAGUCAAAAUGUAAAGGUUUUCAAAUUGGUGGGCUUAAUUCCCUGCCCCCCCACCCUCCAUACAAGGCGCUAUGGAUUUUGCUGAGAUUAUAACUUGUAUCAGAUUGCAGGCAGUUCUGUGGUUUAGAGGGAGGUGUAAAAUUGCAGUUUAUCUAAGCAUGUUAAACUGUCUUCCAAAGCAGCUUGGCUGCAUGCUGUGUAUACCCGCUUCUCUCAAAGCGGAAUGAACGGUGGGCUAUUAAAUCGGAAACUAGAACAUUAAUAUUAAUAAUAACAAUAGUGGAGGCAAAAUGCACUUUUGUAAGUGAAACAUAGGUUCUAAUUAACUAGUCGUUCUGAGUACAACCCAACAGGACGGUCUCCUGCACAAGCCCCAGUGAAAUUAAUGGAAUCUCUCCAAAAUGGUGUUUUUGCACAAUUUCUACUCGGGAGAUUGCUCAGGAGAAUCUCCCAGUAGAAGGUACCCUUUGCAACUAAGGCCUGAUUCAUACAUGACUUUGCAGCUUGAUUUUCUACCCCCAAUCUGCUCUGUUCCUUCCAUGUUAAGUAGUAUAUGCUGUGGAUGUUUAGAUCAGCUUGGAUUACAAGUAUUUCCUGUGUCACAGUCCAUCCUCUUUGUUAGGGUGACUGGCACUCAUAAUCACAGAACUGUAGAGCUGGAAGGUACCCCGAGGAUCAUCUAGUCCAACCCCCUACAAUGCAGGAAUAUGCAGCUGUCCCAUAUGGGGAUCGAACCUGCAACCUUGGCAUUAUCAGUACAAUGCACUGAGCUAUCCAACUGAAAAUGAUCCAUGCAAUAAAAGUAUCUACAUUUUACCUAACGCAAGCCAUAAACUCAGCAGAACAAUGUAUGAAUCGAGCCUUAGACACAGACAUGAAUUCUUGCAACUUGUUCGGUGGGGAUUACUUUCUCUUCCUUGUGUUCUCUGUGGUGGUGACAAAAGGUUGCUUCCAGUUGAUAUCCCUCUACGGGUGGAAAGACUCAAUGAUCCAGCAGGGCCUUCUGUCAGCUGGGCAGAUAUCAAAGAGCUCUUGGGCAAUUGGUGACCUCCCCUACAGUCCAGCCUCCCAAAAUCCACGCUGGAGGCUUGGCGUACCCUUUAGAUCAUCAAGUGAGAGUGGAAAUCCCUGAAGUUGGAAUGGACCCCAAUGAUCAUCUAGUCAAGGGUUUCCCAAAUUUGGAUCUCCAGCUGUUUUUGAACUACAGUUCCCAUCAUCCCUCCUGCUAGCUAGGGAUGAUGGGAGUUGUUGUCCAAAAACAGCUGGAGGCUUAAGUUUGGGGAACCCUGAUCUAGUCCAACUCCCUACCUUCCGUGCAGGAAUCUUUUGCCCAACGUGGGGCUUGAACCCACAAGCCUGAGAUUCAGAGUCUCGUGCUCUUCCGAAUGAGCUAUCCCAGCAGUUCCAGUCAUAUGAGCCCCAGACUUCAGUCUGCAGCAUUAAAAACCUCAGCGAAAUCUAGGCCUACAUCUCAUUUUGUAAGGGGAGCACAUUAUAUAGGGUGUGAUCUGUAGGGUGCAUCUGCUAGGCAAUCUUCAUCUCUUUCAGUGGGUCGCGGAAGGUCCCACUAAAAUGAGUGGAGUUUACACUGCAUGUAUGCUUUGUAGAUUUGCACUAUAACUUAAGAGAACUAAGGCCCUACAACUUCCAGGCAUCGUUUUGCUGGUUCCCGUAUGCCGGAAAAAAGGCACCCAUUCUUUGCAUGUAGAACACGCCCAUCGAUUUACAAUGAGCCGCAAAUUGUAUAUUUCACAUAUUAAAUAUGUGGCCUACAAAGCUUUCAAAUAUUUAUGUCGCAAAAUAUAAAGUAUAAUUAAAAAUCUUGUUCUUGCUUUUAAUGUACUUUGUUUCAUUUUGCACCUCAGAUUUCAGAAACCUUCGAAGUGAGAUGCUUCCUCACUAUUGCCUGUUGUCCUCUUUACCAAACAUUUGAUUAUUGAGUCUGAAUUCCCUUUCUGUCAUCAGUUUGUCACAACCCUGUUCUUUUUCAUGUAGGUUUUCUUUCUUUGUCUGUAAAUUUUAUAUUUACUGAAGUAAGAGGUUGGGGUUUUUUUGUGUAAACAUUUAAACUUUAAAAUAAUAAUAAUAAUUUUGUUUCUGAACUUUUCUCUGCUUACACCAAGUGGUAGAAAGAAAUUUGUAUUGUUAAAUAAAUCAAUUAGUUGUUAAA